CACGGAAUGUGAAGCCGCAUAUUGCCGCACUGCGCAGAAGCUAACUAUGGCCCAACAGCAGCUCGCUGGUGGUUACUACAAUCCUACACCCCGCAACAUCCGUGAAGAUCUGUAUUUAAGAAAACCGCAGUUCGCCAGCCCGCAUUAUUGUGGAGAGGGCUCAAUCUAGACUUUACUACAAUCCACCAUGCCUUCAACCGAGUUUGCAUUCAAGGAAAAGUAUCGAUAUCAAAACGGAUUCAAUUCCUACCAUGAGACUGAAGCAGUAGAGGGUGCGCUGCCAAUCGGCACAAACUCCCCACAAAAGCCUCCAUAUGGCCUGUACGCCGAGAAGCUCUCUGGCACUGCCUUCACAGCCCCUCGAAAUGAGAACCAGCAGACAUGGCUCUACCGUAUCCUGCCUUCCUGUGGGCACAGCAACUUUGAGGCCCGCGAAUCGAAGACGUUCAACACAAACCCUGAGAAUAAGCCGUGGGAAAAGAUCCACUUCAUUCCCAAUCAGCUACGAUGGGACCCCUUUGACCAUGACGAGACAGUAGACUGGGUACACUCUCUCCAUCUAGUUGCAGGUGCUGGAGACCCUACGAUGAAGUCUGGAGUGGGGUACUUUAUCUACGCUGCUGGGAAGGAUAUGGACCCCAAGGAGGCCUUCUACUCGGCUGACGGUGACUUUUUGAUCGUACCUCAGCAUGGUGUACUCGACAUCCAGACUGAGUUGGGUCGUCUGGUCGUGCGGCCAAACGAAAUCUGCAUCAUACCGCGUGGCAUUCGCUAUCGCGUUACACUUCCUGAAGGCCCUGUACGAGGCUACAUUCUAGAGCUAUAUGAAGGCCACUUCACGCUUCCAGAACUAGGCCCCAUCGGCUCAAAUGGUCUUGCCAAUGCGCGAGACUUCCAAGCUCCAGUAGCCGACUUUGACGAAGACACGGAGUCAGAAUGGCAGAUUCUAGCAAAGUUUGCCGGCCAUUUGUACGCUGCUAAGCAACGCCAGACGCCCUUUGACGUAGUCGCAUGGCAUGGCCUCUACUACCCCUAUAAAUACGACCUGGGACGCUUCAACACAAUAGGGAGUACCUCGUUUGACCAUCCCGAUCCGUCAAUCUACACCGUGCUCACUGCGCAAUCACCCCAAGCGGGAACAGCAGUCGCUGACUUUGUCAUCUUCCCGCCGCGGUGGCUGGUCGCAGAGGACACUUUCCGUCCGCCAUGGUACCACCGCAACACCAUGUCUGAAUUCAUGGGAUUGAUUGGAGGCCAGUACGAUGCCAAAACCGGCGGCGGCUUCCAACCGGCUGGCGCUUCUCUGCACAAUAUCAUGUCUGGGCACGGUCCGGAUGCCGCCACCCAUGAGAAGGCUUCGAAUGUUGAUUUGAAGCCAAAUAAGGUUGGCGAAGGUAGCAUGGCAUUCAUGUUCGAGAGCUGUCUCAUGAUCGGCGUGACAGAUUGGGGCCUCAAGAAGUGCCGCAAGUUGCAGGAAGGUUACAAUGCGGAGAGCUGGGAGCCGUUAAAGGCACACUUCAAGAGGCCGGGGCCGAAGAAGAUUGAUAAUGGGGUGCAGCCGCUGGUGGAAGGGAAGGAGGGAGACAAGGGACAGGUGCCUCAUUAUACCUAAACAUGACGGAGGAAGAUUCCAAAAGCGCCUACGCCCCAGUGUUACCUGUUGAACUAUGGUCGGUGCUAUGGACGUACUUUGAGUUUGAAUAUGACGAGCGGUUUACAUUUUGUACUUUUAGCGACAUGUUCACGAACGAUGUUUGUCCUUAUCUUGGUGCUUACUGAUACAUCCGUAUUUACACUUGCCCUAAUUCUACGUUUUCUCUGAUAUACGUUAGCAUUCGGGCUUUGUACCUGUACUGGCAAUACUGAGGCAUCAAUCAAGGAAGAUGGAGACGAUGCAGCGGCUGAGGGGGGAGUGCUAGGAAGACAGUUAAGAACUAUGGUCUUCUGGCUUUGGCUUCAGUGAAAGAUUGUUAGCGUAUGAUAUUCUAGAUACUGCGACU